AAUGAUUGCAUUUAUCUUAAAUUUUUGGUACAAGAAAUGAUCUUUGGAUCUUCAACAACAGUUUUGGCAUCAACAAAUGAAGAAAUCAGCAAGCACCAAUUUGCAAUAUCAGUCUAGUCAAAGAACAAAGAAUUCUAAUUUUCAACAUAGUUCAGAAAUUGAUUCAACAAAGAAGCAGAAUUCAGCACUGAAAAGUUUCAAAUCUGUUGUCAAAAUAUUUGCUUUGAUUUUCUCUGGCAGAAGAAAAACAGCUUCAAAAGUUAUUGGAAAUGAUGACAGAAAAAAUACAUCAAAACCAAGAUUGAUGUUAUCAUCUUCAACUGAUUUAUCAUCCGAAAGUAGUAACAAGAAUUCUUCAAAAUGGAGAUUUUCUUCUUCCUAUGCAUCAUCUAGUACUACAAGUGAACAGCUUGGAACUGGGAAUUUCACUUUUGAAGAAAUUUACAAGUCAACUGCAAAAUUCUCUCAAGAUAAUCAAAUUGGAGAAGGUGGAUUUGGAACUGUCUAUAGAGGAAAGCUUAAUGAUGGAACAAUUGUCGCUGUGAAGCGCGCCAAGAAGGAAGCUUUGCAGAGUCACCUAUAUGAAUUCAAGAAUGAAAUAUACACUUUAUCGAAAAUUGAGCACCUGAAUCUUGUGAGGUUAUAUGGAUAUUUGGAACAUGGAGAUGAGAAGCUUAUUAUUGUUGAGUAUGUUGGGAAUGGAAAUCUUAGAGAACAUUUAGAUGGUAUUCGGGGUGACGGACUAGAAAUUGGUGAGCGUCUAGACAUAGCAAUCGAUAUAGCUCAUGCAAUAACUUACCUUCAUAUGUACACAGAUAAUCCAAUUAUACAUAGAGAUAUCAAAGCAUCAAACAUCCUAAUUAGUGAGAAUCUAAGGGCUAAAGUGGCAGACUUUGGUUUUGCAAGAUUGUCCGAAGACCCUGGUGCAACUCAUAUUUCAACUCAAGUUAAAGGAACAGCUGGAUAUAUGGAUCCUGAGUACUUGAGAACUUAUCAACUCACAGAAAAGAGUGAUGUUUAUUCAUUUGGUGUAUUGCUUGUUGAAAUGAUGACAGGAAGACAUCCAGUUGAACCAAAGAAGAAAAUUGAUGAGAGAGUCACAAUCAGAUGGGCAAUGAAGAUGCUCAAGAACGGAGAAGCUGUGUUUGCAAUGGAUCCAAGACUGAGAAGAAGUCCAGCCUCCAUCAAGGUAGUGAAGAAAGUUUUCAAGCUAGCUUUUCAAUGCCUGGCACCUUCAAUACAUUCAAGGCCACCUAUGAAGAAUUGUGCAGAGGUUCUGUGGGGAAUCCGUAAAGAUUUUAAAGAUGAAACCACUCCUCUUCCUACCUUACCUUCUCAUCAAUCUGAAAACUUUCCUCAAAGAGAAAAGAAUAAGCAUAUAACAUUUGGUAUUGAAGAUGAUGACAGCUACAAAUUUUCCUCUGCACCUAAUCACAUUCGUUCAUGAAAUUUGUUUAUUGUUUGAAUUGUUCUGGUUUUAAAUUGCGGUUGCAGUCGUGGUUAUGCUGUGUACCUUUAUACUGUGGUAAAAGGCAGACGUGGCCGUAAUUGCGGUUGUGAUGCCAUUGAAAAGGCCUAAAACUGUUAUACUGUGGCCACAAUUGCAGUUGCAGACCGCAAUUUACAACCAUUGUUUUCAUAGUCAAUGGUGUAUGCCAGUUUGGCUUCAAUAUGAUUGUAGUUUUUCUGACCUUUUGAUUAUACCCUACUGAUUGAUAUCAAAUAUUUAAUAAAUAGAAAAAACAUGAAUUUUUUUAUGA